AUGACCGUCCCGCCCCCCUCGCCGCCGCCGCCGGAAGCCCCCGCCGAGGCGCAUUCCGCGGACGGCUCCGCGCCCAGAGCGACCCCGGCAGCAUCGUGCGCCAGGCCGAAGGCUGACGCGGAGAACACCUUCAAGAUCUCCGGCUCGGCGUACAAGCUCACGCGGCUACGCUCGCUCCACCACGGCACCUGCCUCCUGUCGUCCCCGAACCUCCCGCGCAUCGGCGGCUUCCUGAGGUCGCCCGCCGAGCCCUUCAUCAAGGGCCGCGGCGUCGAGAGCGUGCGCUCGCGGAUCCGCAACGUCGGCGUGGACGACACGCGGACGUUCGAGGACGCCGUCGUGAGGGAGUUUGGAAAGAUGUAUGGCGAGUUCGACGUGCGGGCCGAGCUCGGGGACAAGGAUGCCCAAGAGGAGGAGAAGAUCCGGAAGGGGAUGAAAGAGCUGGAGUCCCGAGAGUGGAUCUACGGCCAGACACCUCUUUUCACCUUCUCGACCCACCCCUCGGAAGACGACCCCCGAGAACGUCCGCAGCUUCCGGGCAACUUCAACCUCACAUUUGAAGCCCGCCAUGGUCUCAUCCAAAACUUCUCCCUGUCCGGCCUGCCGUCCGGCGGGGGUGCGAGCAGCCUCUCAGAGACCAUGGUAAAUGCCCAGAUCUGGGAGAUUGACGACUGGGUGCGCCGUCUCAGCGCAGGCGGGUUGAACGGAAAGGACGCCUCGACCAUUGGAGAAUGGCUGAACUCGCUCCUAGGAAAGAAGGGUUACGAAUGA